AUGUUGGCAUCGCUGAACAGGACAAUAGUUGGCCCAGUGUUCCACGAGGAACUAGUUUCGUGCGAGCAGAAUUUCGACGCGCUGCGCAGUUUUGCGCACUCUUUGCACACCAAGCGAAGACAAUUUGAAGAAGGGGGCCCCGAUGUACCAACUCCUCCUACUAGCCUCGGCGUCGCACUCCCGCGGCGAUCGGACGUGCGCUCGGCUGCGCUCCGCGACGAAAUUAAUAUUAUAUUGAUUUUCGAGUUGGAGCUGGUGAAGCUGAGAGACUCGCCCUCGGCAUCCGCCGCCCCCCUGCCUCCGGCCACCGUUGGAGCGCCGGCCGCUGUUGGAUACGCCAACGCUUUAAAGGGGCAGCCGCCUCGACCAGUGCAGCCACAAGGCCCGUCGGUCAUCUUUUAUCCGGAGGCCGGAUCGGAAGCAAAAACAAUGCUGCUAGAGCACCAAGAGUUGAAGCUCGUGAAACUGAGAGGGUCGCCUUCGGCAUUCGCCCCCCAGCUUCCGGCCACCGUGGGAGAACCACCAGCCGCCGCUGACGCGUUAAAGAUGGGGCAGCCGCCCCCACCAGUGCAGCUACAUGGCCCAUCAGUCAUCUUUUACCCGGAGGCCGGGUCAGACGCCAGAACCAGCGACGACAGUAAAAAGAUCCUGCAGAACGCAGUCAAGCCGGCUCAGGUGGGCAUCAAGGUCACCCAGGUACGAAGAGUGGGCAACUCGGGUGUAGUUGUCAGGACCGCAUCCGAGGAGUCCGCUCAGAAACUCCGCGACGCCGCACCGCCAGGACUUCGUGUGGCGGUACCGAAGCCCAAGAUGCCGAGGGUCGCGUUACGCUACCUAAGUGCCGAACUGUCUGGGAAGCAAAUCAUUCAGGAGCUGUAUCGCAUCAACUUGGCUGACGACGCUGACUGGCCCUUGUCCCGCUUCAGGGAGGAGUGCGUUCGGCGUCUCGAAACAACUCGGACUGAAGUACUUAGUCAUCUUAGAGUGCUCCCCAGCAGCGCAGGAUAA